CUCCCGUGUAAAACUCAAGACAAAAAAUGACAAGAAAAAAUCUGAUUACAUUAACGCUUCUUACAUACAGGCCUCCUCAAAUAAAAUAGCUUACAUCGCUUCACAAGCCCCCACCAAAACCAGCGUCAUAGAGUUUGUACGGAUGUUGUGGGAGCAGAAGGUGGAGAAGGUUGUCAUGUUGGUCUCUGAGCAUCACGAAAAAUUAGAGAAGUACUGGCGUGAUGACGGGGACAUUGUGUUUGGUGACGUCAGAGUCAGGCUAGCCAGUAGCCAGGUCUUUGCUGACUUUACUGUCCGUAGGCUGGAGCUUAAUAAGAGAGAGAAGCCGCUUCACACUGUCCUACAAUAUCACUACACCGCCUGGCCGGAUAAGGAAGUCCCGCCAUCUUUGUGGAGUCUGGUCGAUUUCCAGCAGAGAGUGACGUCAUAUCCGUCAUGUAGGCCUACCCUAGUUCACUGCGGUGGGGGCGUGGCCAACACAGGCACGUUUAUCGCCCUUGAACUGAUCCUACACGACAUUAAGUCCACUGGCUACAUGGACUUCUUCAACACAAUAUGGCGGCUACGUCAGGACCGGAUGCACAUGGUACACACCGCGGAGCAGUACAUCUUCCUCCAUAAGGUGGUACAGGUCGCCGUGUUGUGUGCCGGUACAAAUGUCCAGACAGAAGAUGUCCAGGACAGGACAUCAAGGCUGGACAUGAGGACAUUCUCCGGAUUGACCUACGCCGAGAAGGAGUUUACGGCGGUGUGUAACUGUAUCAUAGACGGCAGCAACUACUUGAAAGGCAACAGAAAAAGUCGGGUCAGCCGUUACCUGCAUCAGCUGGUGGAUGAAACCAGUUUACACGGCAGGUCUUACACUCAGGCACCAGGUAACCAGUUUACACGGCAGGUCUUACACUCAAGGUAA